AUGAGAGGCAACAAAGGCAGAAAAAACUAUCACUAUCAAAGGUUAGCACUGGGGCAUGAUAAAGAAUUUGCUACUGUGGUUUACUCUCAAAAUUUUUAUUUUGCCAAACCUAUGAGAGAUAUGCCAUCAUCUCCAGGAGUAGCUCCAGGAGAAACAACGAUGCUGCCAAACCAUUAUCAUCAAGUUCAGAGAUGCCAGUUGAUGUGGAAAGCAUGGGGUAUAGUAAAGAUAUUGCUAGUUCCAGGGAUGGUACCCGCCUCAUCAAAUAUUACUUGA